AUGGCGGGCAAUGUGCCCCGACAAUGCAGGGAGGUGAUGUGGGCAGGUGCUGAGCUCAUGUUCAUUCUGAGGGCUGCAACAUUCAGGUGUGACGCCCAGCACGAGCGCUUGGUGGCCCCUGCGAAGGCGCUGCGGGGGAAGGUCAUCCAGCUGGCCCUGCAAGCUCAGGUUGCCAGACCGGGUCCGCAGCUCAAGAUAGACGCUCCCAAGCCCGGUUUGCUUGCCAUCCAAAAGGGGCAGUCUUGGCACGAUAUCGAAGACGAGCAGGAAGAGGAUGAGGCGGUUCCCGAAGAUUGGGAGGUCGUGCCAGCAAAGGAGAAGAGGCGACCGAAGGAACAGGCGCCGCCAGCAGCCGGGGGUCGGCAGGUUGGCAAGGUCGCCGGGCUGAUCGAGGAUUUCUGUCAGAGGAGAGAGCUGGACAACUGGGUCCGACUGGAGCUCCAAAAGAUCCCUGCUCCGGAGGUUGGCAGAGUCCUCCACCGGCUCUCGUGCAGGAUGCAGGAUGAUCCCCACGUGAACCUGCGGGCGCUCAUCGCUGUGGAGCGCGCGAAUAGCGCCCAGGGCCAUCGGCGCCUGGACCCAUCGCAAUGCACGCAGCUCCAGGAAUGGAUUCAGACCCUGCAGCUCGCAGACGUCCAGCGAAACGAGAUGUUCGGCGUCCUCAGUGAUGGGUUUACCUGGGCCGAGUUUCUCCAUUUGCGGAACCAAGCCAAUUUCGCCAAGAAGUGCAGAGAAGGUGCUUGGGAUAAGCCGGUGCGUGCCGCAUGUGGAAUCAUGACAAGCUACCGCGUGGAUCAAUAUCGGCACCAGGUCGCCUCCUUUGCCAUCAAGUUUCGGCUGGGGCAGACCGCCGAGAAGCAGCUCACAGACAUCGGUCCCAAACUAGGAGCCCAGUUCAUGGAGAGCUGGAGCGGGGACAGGAACGCGCGCAAGCAGAACAAGGUGGGCCAGGAUAUGGAGCGCCUCAAUCGAGAGAUCAAGGAGCUGUACCUCAAGGAGCUGCAAAUGCGUGACCGGAGCAAGUGGAACGCGCGCUCGAUGGCCCCUCUGGAGCACCCAGCGGCAUAG